UUACUGUUGCUAUGAUACAACAAACGCAACUGGUUUGUUGUUUUUCGGAAGAAGUUAAGAUAGCUUGAGGUUUCUUAAUAUUUUCAGGAACUAAACGGCCUAAAUUCCCAAGCGGAUUGAGUGCAUAUAAGUCAUCCGCUUGGAUACAUUGCAAAGGCUUUUCACCACAAUCCUUCCAAGUCAUGCCAUUUUUUAAGUCAUUUAAGAAAAGUCUCCCAACUUCCGUACAGAAGGACCUUAAAUCCCAGAGAUGUGGACUGCGACACACAGUUUACUCUGUCAGUGGAAAUGAAUACACUGGAGAGUGGCUGGAGGAUGAGAAGCAUGGAAGGGGAAUUCAGGUUUGGAAGAAAGUUGGUGCCAUUUAUGAUGGAGAGUGGAAAUCUGGAAAACGUGAUGGUUAUGGCACCUACAGUGUGCAAAUCCCAGGAUCAAAGGAGUACACAAGGAAGUACAGUGGUGGAUGGAAAAAUGGAAAAAAGCAUGGGUAUGGGACAUACUUCUACAACAGCUCAGCAGUCUAUGAGGGGGAGUGGAAUGAGGACCAACGUAGUGGCUGGGGAAGGAUGUACUAUGAAAAUGGAGACAUCUAUGAGGGAGAAUGGAUGAAACAUAAGAGUCAUGGCCAAGGAAUCAUUAGAUUUUCCAAUGGAAACUGGUACGAGGGCUCCUGGCGAGAUGGGAAGAGGAACGGUGAUGGAAAGUUCUAUUAUUCUGAUAAAGCCCUGGUUUAUGAAGGCUUUUGGGUGGAUGGAGUAGCAAAAUGUGGGACCAUUGAAGAUGUUGGAUGGGACAAAACACCAGCACCACCUAAGUAUCAAUUUCCAAAGCUAAACCUGGUGGACAUGGAGUUGGUUUUACGGGAAGCUAAAUCAGCUUAUCAAGAUCACCGUUGAAGACCAUCAAGAGGAAAAAUGGCAAGUUCAUGCUUCAUCCAGUUAACUGAAACCAAUAAAACAACACUUUGUGUGCA